AUGACGAAGCCAUGCGACCUAAGCGCUACUGAAGCACGGAGGCUGAUCGGCCUGAAGAAACUCUCGCCCACAGACCUUCUAGAGUCCUGCAUCGAACGUAUCGAGGCAACUAAUCCAGCUGUCAACGCGAUCGUGACGACAGUAUACGAUAGCGCGCGCACUGACGCAAAAGCAGCCCACGAUGCUGUGCAGGCCGGACAACCACUCGGCCUGCUUCAUGGACUACCCGUGGUCAUCAAAGACCUGAAUGCAACCAAGGGGAUCCGCACCACCUUAGGCUCUCCGUUGUUUAAAGAUAACGUGCCUGAACACGACGACAGCGUCGUCUCGCGUCUGCGCUCUCACGGCGCCAUUAUUCUCGGUAAGACCAACACGCCCGACUUUGGAUGCGGGUCGAACACCAAGAAUCCGCUCUUCGGCGCCACGUCGAAUCCUUUCGACCUGACACGCACCAGCGGCGGCUCGUCAGGAGGCGCUGGCGCAGCCUUGGCUACUUGCAUGGCGCCUCUUGCCAAUGGCUCGGACUCGGGUGCCAGUAUCAGAAACCCUGCAGCGUUCUGUGGCGUUGUGGGCAUACGGCCUACACCGGGACUUGUGGCGUCGAAGCAGCGUCCCGUCGGCCUAUCUCUCAACGGCGUGGAAGGUCCAUUAGGCCGUUCCGUGGCAGAUGUCGCGCUGCUGCUCUCGGCUCUCGCGGAGUACGACAGCAUGGACAUGCUCUCUCGUCCGGUUGACCCGUCGAUCUUCCGCUCCCUGAAGCAUGUCGAUGUCUCCAGCUUGCGGGUGGCCUACAGCGAGGAUCUCGAUUUUGCCCCUGUUGACGCCGUUGUACGAGACACAUUCAAAAAGAAGCUGCAGGUCAUCUCUUCGAGCUUCGCAGCGUGUGAUGCCGUGAAUCCGGAGAUGAAGGACGCUGAGUCUGCGUAUUGGGGAGUCCGUGGGCUACACCUUCUUGCAGGCUCGAGAAAGCUGUAUGAUCAGCACCCGCAAGAGAUCAGCUCGAAUCUUCGCGAGAACAUUGAGAGCGUCAAAGAUCUCACCGCGCAGGACAUGGCCAAUGCACUAGUCCAGCAGACUCAGACGUAUCAGAAGUUCCAAGCCCUGUUCGACCAGUACGAUGUGCUUAUCACGCCGGUCGCCAACGUUCUGCCGUUCCCUCAUCAGCAGCUGUACCCAGAACAGCUCGAAGGGAGGCCGGCUCGCCACUAUGCCGAGUGGUUCAGCUUAUGUUAUGGUAUAUCACUCGUCGGCCAUCCGGCGCUCUCGAUCCCAGCCGGUCUGGACCCACAAGGAACACCAUUCGGUCUACAAGUCGUCGGGCCUCGCUUCGCGGACCAUCGUCUACUGGAGAUCGGACAAGCAUUGGAAUUCCUCUUCGCCUCGUUUCCCGAGCUACGUCGACCAGUCCCAGACGUCGAGGUGCUGUCGGCGAUGACGAAGGGCACGACUUAG